CGCGAGUCCCGCGGCGUUCCGCCCGGGAGCUUUUCGCGCCACAGGGCCAGGCCCUUGCAGUUCCACAAACCCCGCACCCCGAAUAGAGAAGAGAUUAAAAAAAAAAAAAAAAAGGGGUGGGGACACAACCUCGCCCUAGCCCCUCCGGGGGUGCCCCGGGUGAUCUGGCGAGCUCCUCAGGAGGGGUGGGCGGGCAGGCACGCCGGGCGCCCGAUCCCGAGGGGGGUGUCAGCUGCAUCUGCCAGGACGCGGGCGCUAACGCGGGAAAAGGCGCCGCCGGGCCCCGCCUCCCGCGGUCGCUGCCGCUUUGGCGCGAACCUUCAGUUCCCCGGUGCUCGCCCCGCCGCCGCCAGCAUGGGUCCGUCCCGCCCGCAGCGCAGAGGUUGUUCAGGAAGGAAAAACUUCACAGCAUUCCGAAAUACGAAACUGAUUCCCAUGGAAACAUCCUCAUCCUCUGAUGACAGUUGUGACAGUUUUGGUUCUGAUAAUUUUGCAAACACUAAAUGCAAGGUUAGGUCGGAUAUUAGAGGAGAACUGGCAAAAAUUUUUCACGAAGCUUCUGAUGAUGAAUCCUUCUGUGGCUUUUCAGAAAAUGAGAUUCAAGAUGCACUGAAAUUGGAGUCUGAUUCAGAGGAGAAUGAUACAAGCACUGAAGGUGGGGUAGCUCAGAGAAGGCGGAAAUGCCCUAUUCCUCUAAAAGUAGCUAUGAAAUUUCCACCUCGAAGAUCGGUGAGGAGGAAGGGUGAGAAGGAACCUCUUCCUGAAAAGCUGAUGCCUGCUCCAGACUCAGACUCUGACUCUGAAGAAAAGGGUGCCAUGUUUUUAGAAAAAAGAGCUUUAAACAUAAAGGAAAACAAAGCAAUGCUUGCAAAACUAAUGGCUGAGUUGCAAAAUGUUUCUGGUAUCUUUGGUGGGAGAAAAUCGUUGCCGACUGUCAGUCAUGGACCAAAGCGACUUCCAAGACGUUCAUUGCCCACCAGUGCCUUGAGGAGGAACCCAGACCGAAGUUCUCGGCCUCACACGAGAUCGAGGUCCCUGAUUGAAGGUCCUCCUACUCCUUUACCAGAAGAGGAAGAUGAUGACCGGUACAUCUUAGUGAGAAGAAGAAAGAUGUCUGAUGAAUACCUGGAGCACGAAGCCCGAUCUCCCAGGAGGGGUCACCGUGGUGCCAUGACUUUUCCGCACAUUGUGCGCCCAGUUGAAGAGAUAACAGUGGAAGAGCUGAAUAAUAUUUGUAGAUCUGCAAGAGAGAAAGUAUAUAACAGGGCCAUGGGAUCCACCUGUCAUCAGUGUCGCCAAAAAACCAUAGACACCAAGACAAAUUGUCGUAACCCUGAUUGCAUAGGAGUACGGGGCCAAUUCUGUGGGCCGUGCCUCCGCAAUAGGUAUGGGGAGGAUGUCAGAACAGCAUUGCUGGAUUCGACCUGGAGGUGCCCACCAUGUCGUGGAAUCUGCAACUGUAGCUUCUGCAGACAGCGGGAUGGCCGAUGUGCUACAGGUGUCCUGGUCUAUCUGGCCAAGUACCAUGGCUAUGACAACGUCCAUGCCUACUUGAAAAGUCUGAAACAAGAACUUGGAAUGGAAGACUGAAGCUGUGACUGCCUUUACAUGCUCUUUCACCAGUGUCAUAUUAUUGCUUACAGUGAAUUGUUUAAUCAAAUAAGAUUACAAAGCCAGUGCCUGCCUUCCCUUCCCUUUGGGGUGAAAAAGGAUAAAGAAUUUUCACUUAUCUCAGUGCAAAUCAUACUUGGGAAAACUUUAAUUAAGGUCUUUGCCCACAAGCCAUUGUUUUCUUUUUAAACAACUUUGCGAAUCAGAUAGCAUCAGUCCUUGCUUUCAUGCCAAUAACUUUUUUUUCUGAAAGGAGGUGGGACUUUAAGCCAUUAGAGUUUUAUUCAUGCAGUGAUCUGUUCUGCAGGUUUAUUUAUGCUUUGAAAUUGAUCACAGAAAGGUACAGAUGUUCCAAAAAUUUAUGGCACUGUUCCCCAUAGAACCAAGUGUAGAAAGGUAUGUGCUUAACUCCUGGCCAACUUCUGCUGCAAUACAAACUCUUACUGAACAUAAACGAUCAAGUAGAAGCUAAGUGUUCUCUAAAACAACACUGCAUUCUUAAGUUAAAAAAGGUAGCCCUACCAGAUGCAGCUGAGCAGUCUCCAAGCACUAAUACUUGAUUUUAUAGAGUAAUCAAAGUGCACAUUGGCCCCAUUUUAAGGGAGACUUCCAGAGUGACUUAAAAAAUGCAGCAGAAGCAGUUGGGGGUGGCACUUUGUAUUUUUGCUCAGAGAAGAGGAGGCCACAGCUGAGAGCUGCCACAGCACCAGCACUAGCAUUGCCUAUUGAUGACAGUGAUGUGAAUAUACUGGUAUACAUUGUGGAGUGACCACCACUGUCUAAAACAGAAAGUACCCCUUGUUAAAUUACUGGUUUUGUGGGUUCACUUCUCUCUGCUCUUGCUGCAACUGCAGAACUGCUUCUUUGCAGAAUCAGCACUGGCCCUGGGGAAGAGGGAUGCCUCCAGACCAGGGCUUGAUUAAGUAGAGGGAUAGUGGUUCAUGUGGCUGUUGGCCAACUACAAGCGUGUGAAAAAUGAUAACUUACUAAAUUUGGUUAUCAGAAAAAGGGGCAAUUACAAACAAUCACUGGAAUUGGAAGCCUGAAUUUUUUUACCUCUGAGAACUUAAAAAGCAAGGACUUUUCUAAGCUACAGUCCAGCUUAAAGUGAGUUAUUCUUCCAGUUGCAUAGAGCAGCAUAAAUGGAAAUAGGUAGUGUUCUCAAGAGACACCCUGGUUGUAGUAACAGAUGAGGAAGAAAGAUUGCUUCAUCAAAAAGGCUUUUAAAAAUAAAAAGGGAGAUGUAAUGAGUUGCAUACAGUUCGUGAGCACUUGCAAAUGUGGUUAGUGCUGUGGUCUCUUACUUAGCAGUUCAGCCCUAUUUCUGUAUUUGGCUCCCCAUGACUGUAGAAGGAUAUUUUGCAUGAUGCUAACGAAUCAUGAGUACAGCAAAAAUGGAGCUAAAGAAUUCUAAUGUGAUACGUGGAUGGGUCUUGUGUACUUAAUGCUGUGGGAAAGAAGAUGCCGUGUAAAUUGCAUCUGGGGAGCCACAAAGUGUAUAGAUGUUCUUAAUUUGGUUAUGGAAACUACUGUAUAAGCUUUGUAUAAGGUUUAGAAUGCAGUGUUAUAAAUAAUGUACGGUCGAAUAGUAGAAGAAUCAACUUGCUUUUAUUGAGUACUAGAACAAAACAUGGGUUUAAACUUAUUUGCUUUGCAUAGUAUUUGCACUAUGUGUAUGCAUAGUGAUCCACAGUUUAUCUUUCUGGGAAUUACAUCAGUGUGUGUGGGAGGGGAGGAGAGAGGAAUUUAGAAACAAAAGAUAUUUAUGUCUCAGACUUCCAGUUCUGUUUCAUAAAUCACCUGUCCCAUUGAAAAUCUCCUGUCCUCUGUCUGGUUUUUAUAGCGUGAAUAGAUGUGCAAUCUGAGGUGGAGAGUGCUCUACCCUCUAGGUACAUUUCGUGAAGAAGGAACUCUAGAAAUAACGCGUUCUGACAGAUAAGAGCAAUUUUAAAAAUCUUUCUUUUUCCUAAUUGCUAGGCUUGCCUUCUGAUUGCUAGAGUGUGAAAGGACUGUGCUAAAAGCAAACUCUUGCAUCAUAUCAUGGAGACUGCUGUAUUUAAAUUUACUUAGAUCUACAGUAUUCUAUACAGAGUUUCUUAUUUUGAAAAUAAAAAUUUUCUGAGUUAGAAUUUUUGCGUCCUAACUGUUCAAAAAAACCCCAUUAGAUCUGUAGUUAGAUUUUACCACCUUUCAGGUAAACUUCUGUUGUGCAGUAAAGGAGUUGCUCCCAUCAUAUGUGGGGGAGUAGUGGGAUUAGGACACCUUUCUUUCCCCAGCCCUGUGUCUGUGAACCAGGCUUACUCUGAUAUUCAUGCUGUUUGGAUUGCAUUGUUUGGUACCUGAUGACUAACUUUUGAUGGUAGAAAUACAUAGGUGCUGACUUCAGGCCAGAUAACAGACUUUAAGCACAUGUGCCAUGUGCUUACCCUUCUGCUUUUUUUCCUACUUUUUUUUUUACACUGGAUGCCUAUGUCCUGAGCUGAGAAGGGUGAGGAGGAUUUGGACACAAGUCAAAGUCAGGUGCCUGCCAUUAUUUUUUUUUUUUUUAUAUAUGUAUAUAUAUAUAUAUAUCUCAUUUCCCUCCCCACGCUCCCCCCCCCCCCCCCCCCCCCCCAAACAAACAAUUAACUUCUCUUGAGGGCUCUGCUGGAGCAGAGAAAUACCUGGGGAGCCUUGAUUGCAGGCUGGCAGUGCUGAAGACUUUCAUACUUGUGCUGCUUGCUUUUGCAUCAGUGUAGCUGGGUCUAGAGAGAUUAGUUAGAUGAGACUGUGGCAGAUUAUGUGAAGCUGACCUGUAGUGAGAGGAAAUGGGAAAGAACUGAUCGAGCAGAGUGAGCUGUCCCCAGGUCCUCUACUGGCAAAGUCCUCAUGUCAUUACUCUCAACUAAAAGCAUUGUUUAGAUGUGUUACCUUUUGUCAUGCUGUUGGUGAUGUGAGAAUAAAUUUGUAUGUAAUUGUGUAAUAUGUUAGUUUAUGGUUUGCAUGCUGAUUUUUGAGGUGUCUCAACACACCUUUUUCCCUAAGCCUCUGUACCACAGCUACUUAAGUACUGUUGAUGUUAACUUGACACAUGGUUAAAGAACUCAUGGUUUAUAUCUCCAGCAAACGGGCAGCAAUUUAAGAAACUUCAUAAGGAAAAGAUCUGAGCUUUGUCAGCUUUAAAAAACACAGAUGUAUGGAAAUAGAGCAUCACUGUUAAAGGAAGAACAGAAAAACAAAGCUUGUGUGAGAGGUAGAAUAUUAAUUUAUUACUGAAAAAGUCUGUGUGUGUUGAUAUUCCCUCACUACACUUAGCUUUAGGGCCAGAUGAUCUCCUGCCUAUGUCUGAUAUAAUUUCCACUUUUUUUUUUUAAUGGUAUAAUCAUUUAUAACUGCUAGAAAUAGAAUACUGACAAGGCUAAUUGGCAAAUUACACUCUUAAAUUCCUUGGACCUUUGUUCCCUGUGAUGGGAGGUGGGUGGGAAGGGCAUCUGUGGCUAUGUAAUAGACUGAGAGUAGUGACUGCUGGAAGGGUGUGUGAUAGCUUUUCUUUUUUUAAGUUAAAUAUGUAAAUAAACACCCCAAGCUUGCUUAUGA